AUGCAUCCUCACCAGCUGCAGAUGCCACCAACGGCGCCGACGCCCCGCGCCAGGCCCAAGCGUGCCACGGCGCCCCUCGACGCGGCCGCGAGAGCCCGCCUCGCCGCCCUCCCCAGAACCGCCGACGACAGUAGCGGCAGCGAGCACGACGCGGCGCCCGCACUCUCCAGCCUCGUCAACGAGUACCUCCUCGAGGCGGACGCCACCGUCGGGUCUUCCACCGUCCUCGCCGCGGAAGCCUCCUCCGAUCCGGACGACGAUCCCGACGGCACCAACAGCUCGCCGACGGCGGCGGCAGACGCGCUCGAGGAGAUCAAAGCCAACCUCGAUCCAGACGACGAGCUACGCCGCCGGCUCGUCUUCGCCGUGGCGGACGCCAUGCGCGGGCUGGACGACCUGCGGCCGAACCAGUCGGCGUUCCGGCGCGCCGUGAUGUCCCGCCUGCGUGAGCGCGGCCACGACGCCGGACUGUGCAAGGCGAGGUGGGACAAGUCGGAUGUCAUGGCCGCCGGGAGCCACGAGUACAUCGACGUCGUCGUGGUCACCGCUGGCGAGAGCGAAACGAGGUACGUCGUGGACGUCAGCUUCGCGGCCGGCUUCGAGGUCGCGAGGCCAACGGUAGAGUACGAGGCGGUCCGGGCGGCGCUGCCGGAGGUGAUGGUCGCGCGGCCUGAGCACCUCAAGCGGGUCGUCAAGCUCGCGGCGUCGGCGGCACGGCGCUCGCUCAAGCGCAGCAGCCUCAGCGUGCCGCCCUGGAGGAAGAGGCGGUUCAUGAUGGCGAAAUGGCUGGGGCCCUACAAGCGGACGGUUAACUCCGUGCCGGCGUCGGCGGGUACGGCAUUGGCAAGCAGUGGCAUGGCGGGGAUCUGCCGGACUAUUGUUGGCUUCUUGCCGCCGCCUGCGGUGGUGGGGACAUCGUCGCCGGACCGGCUUUGGGGUUGA